AUGGCGGACGCCCUGGCCGAAAGCACCGCCAAGCUCUUCCUCGACGAGGAAACCGGCGAGAUGGUGUCAAAGAACGAGCUGAAGAAGCGCACCCAGAAGCGCACGAAGAAAGCCGCACAGGCCGCCGCAAAGGCAAACCCGAAGCCCGCUACACCGAAGUCCCAGACGGCUGCUGCGAAGCCCGCGGAGGAGAAGGAAGCCCCGCUCGACCCGGAUGCCAUGUUCAAGCAGGGCUUCCUGGCUAAUGUCUUCCGUGAGCGCCCUAUGAAGCCAGUCGUUACGCGUUUCCCGCCGGAGCCGAACGGGUAUCUACACUUGGGACAUUGUAAGGCGAUUGCGGUGAACUUUGGAUUUGCGCGGCAUCAUGGGGGUGAAACGAUCCUUAGGUUUGACGAUACGAACCCGGAGGCAGAAGAGGAGAAAUACUUUACGGCUAUUGAGGAGAUCAUUCAGUGGUUGGGAUUCAAACCCGCUAGGAAAACCCACUCGAGCGACCACUUCCAGAAGCUCUACGACCACGCCGAGAAGCUCAUCCAGCUCGAGAAGGCUUACGUCUGCCAUUGCAGCGAUACAGAAAUCAAGUUGCAGAGGGGCGGAGAGAACCACGGUGCGCGGUAUCGGUGCAAGGACGCGGAGCAGGAUGUCGAGACCAAUUUGAAGAAGUUCCGGGACAUGAAGGAUGGCAAAUACGAGCCCCAGACGGCGUUCUUGAGGAUGCGCCAGGAUAUUGAUAACCCCAAUCCUCAGAUGUGGGAUCUUGCCGCCUACCGAGUCUUGAAGAAGGAGCACCACAAGGCCCCAGGCUGGGUCAUCUUCCCUACUUAUGAUUUUGCUCACUGUCUCUGCGAUAGCUUCGAGGGAAUCACCCACAGCCUGUGCACAACCGAGUUUGUAUUGUCACGGGAGAGCUACGAAUGGCUCAACUCAAGCCUCGGUGUCUACGAGCCGAUGCAGCGCGAAUACGGCCGAUUAAACGUUAGCGGAACCAUCAUGAGCAAGCGAGGAUUGAAGAAGCUGGUCGACGCUGGCUACGUUAGAGCUUGGGAUGACCCGCGUCUCUACACCGUCAUUGCACUCCGCCGCCGCGGUGUCCCUCCAGAGGCCAUUCUGUCGUUCGUCAACGAGCUCGGAGUGACCACUUCCAACAGCGUCAUCAACAUCCUCCGGUUCGAACAGAGUAUCCGUACUUACCUGGAGCCACGAGUGCCGCGCCUCAUGCUUGUCCUUGACCCUAUCCCCGUUGUUAUCGAGGACUUCGACACCCUCUCCCCAGAACAGCUCGACCUUGACAUCCCAUUCUCUCCCAAGGACCCUGCAAUGGGCUCACACAAGGUCCGAUUCGCCAAGACGGUCUACAUUGACCGCUCCGAUUUCCGCGAGGAGGAUGCCAAGGGAUACUUCCGCCUGGCGCCCGGCAAGAGCGUCGGUCUCUGGAAGUCGCCAUACCCGAUCAAGGCCACGACCUUCACGAAGGACGCCGACGGAAAGGUCACAGAGGUCCGCGCCGUCUUUGAUAAGGACGGCGGCAAGCCAAAGACGUAUAUCCACUGGGUACCCGAGGGAUCGCGCAAGGUGGAAGUCCGCAUCCACGACCCUCUGUUCAAGUCAGACGAGCCCGCCUCCGCCGAGGGUGGUUUCCUUGCGGACAUCAACCCGAACAGUGAGACCAUCUACCCCGACGCAUUAAUCGAGUCAGGCUUCGACGAGGUGCGCCAGAGGGCGCCCUGGCCUGAGGCUGCCGGUGAACACAGCGGCGGAUCCCUCCGGGCAGAGACCGUUCGGUUCCAGGGAAUGAGAGUGGCCUAUUUCGCGAUGGACUCGGACUCUACCGACAGCCACGUCGUUCUGAACCGGAUUGUGUCCCUGAAACAGGAUACCGGCAAAGCGUAG